GUGAUUAUGUAUCGAGACGAUCCGGAUUUGCAAGCACUGAUCGAUUGGGUACAAAUCUAUUUCAAAUGUUGUGGAAUGCGUUCACCACACGAUUGGGAUAUGAAUGUCUAUUUUAAUAAGUCCUCGCAGCAGUUCUCAUCACCUGAGGCAGGUGGAGUGCCGUAUUCUUGUUGUAAGCAAUUGCGCGGCAUGAAUGGUGGUCCAAUCAACUAUUUCUGUGGUCACGGUGCACGUUUGAUGAAAGAGACGAAAUGUCUCAGCUGA